GCGGAGGAUUUCAAGCUUGCGGCCAAGGCAGCGUUCAUGCCAAGCAAGGCGAAGGUGGCGAUUGGCGUCCAGCACCGUCGCCUCAUCGCCAUGGCGGCGCGCGUCACGAAGCAGAGGCAGGCCGUGGCAGUCGACAGUUUCUUGAACAAGAGCAAGGAAGAGCUGCGCUUUCCGAACCGCGCAGUUCACGUCGCUAUCGGGCACAUGUGGGACGAGGUGGAGGUGAAGCACAAGUGGAAGCCGUCGGCUAGAUACAGGACGUUCGAGCAGCAGGUCAAGAUGCCAGUUGUCGUCCAGCGGGCGACCUUCAACACGACCCUCUUCGACAUGGCGCGCAACAGGGCGGCGCAGUACCAAGAGUACUACUUGGCGCAGGCGGUGGAGAUCGACGGCACCAAAGCUAAGGACAUCUUGCCAGCUGUUAGACAGGGCCUUCCGGCAAAGUUCGAUGUGCUGGACGUCGAGAACUUCGCGAAGUCGGCCGACAACUACACGAGCUACACCUACAUGCCGUGCCCUGACAGGGCCAGCAGCAACAUCAACAUUAUCAAGAAGUUUGCGACUGUGAUCGACACUCAGAUUGUGCGCGAGGCGGGGCAUCACAUUUUGUUCUGGCCCGACACCUGCGGGAUUCACGCGCACCACCGGGGCAAAAUGAAGAUGAAGUCGCUUCGGCGGCACACCAUGAGGCAGUUCGCCAUCGUAUCGAUGAACAAAUACCGUGGUCGACUACAGCGCAACAUUUUAGGAAUCGAAGCCAUCGUGAAGCGCGAGCUGACGAGGGAGAUCGGGCCGCCACCACCUUGGGCCCACUCUAUGACAGCAGUUGUGGACCUGCUUUUCAACGCGGAGGACGAGUACCACCGCCAUCAGGGCAACGAAUCGCAGAUGCUCAGGGACCUCAGGGAGCUUUGCAAAGUUGCGAACGGCAGUUUGAGCAAUGAUAAGUUUAUUCAUCAUUGUUGGGAUUUCGAGACGUCCAGGUGGACCAAUACGCUUAUCAACAUCAAAAGGACAUUGCUUCGCAGGCUCUAUCACAAGAUCGGCCUGGACUGCUUCACUGGCACGUUGUACGCUUCCGACUGGGACACGUCAAACCCACCUGAUGUGAGCAUUGGCGACGAGGCACUUGAUGAUUACAUGAAGCACGUGUUUCGGGUACGUGCGAAAAAGGUGAAAGAAUACUAUGAGUCAGAGGAGAUGAUGCGUGAGCUGGUGGUCUUCAUGGCGAUCCUCGAGGCUGCAGAUGCUCGCCUCCUGUACCCUAUGCUGGGAGAUGCCAUUCGUGACGACGGUGACCGCAGCAAGCUCGACAUGCUCCUCGACACAGACUCGUUGAUAGGCCAAUUCACCGAGGACAUGCUCGGCUUGCUCAACGUGUGGGACAACGGCGACGCCUCAAGGCGUCCGUGGAUGCUGCUGGACAUCAUGAAAGUGCCCAUGCAAUGCCAGAUAUUCUCACGAUGGGCUCGCAGUCAAAUUUUGAGGUUGAGCUCGGUCAUGAGUCGUCGCUACGAGGUUCGGUUUUCUGCACUGCCGUAUUCGAUGUAUCCUUUAUCUAGCCCUCGAGCGUCGGUAGCUGCGAAGCGAGCCACGGCCGAGAGGACACGUGCACUUGCUGAGCAUGGUGAGAUGCUAGACUGCUACACCAGAGGCAUUCUCAGGCUUUUCCCCACGGUGAACGACAUGCUCUCGCUAAAAUGCCAGAUGGUUUUGAACAGCGACUUCCGCGCGCACUGCUACGGCUCCGACCAGGUGGAGAGGCUCAACAGCGAGUACACCGCUCGCCACCAUGUGCGAGCACCUGGAGUUAAGGACAAGGAGUCUCUGCAAGAAGUUGACGUGUUAUGUUCACCUUUACUUGCGUGUAUUGAGCGUCCGCAGUUGCAGGACGCCGACGCGAUCGCGGAGGCGGCCCCUGGGACACCGGUGGCAAUGGAGAUUGACGACGCUCCUCGUGGCUUGAACCCCUACUUGCUCGAGAAGAACACGUACAUGAGGGACGCCAAGAAGGCCAAGGGGUCGAACUUGACCCCAGCAGAGGUCGAUGCAUACACAAAGGAGUUCAAGUUGAUGUGGGCGAACAGGGAUGCAGAUACCUACCGAGAAGCUUAUCAGCUUUGGAGGCAAAAUCACGAAGGGGAUGAUCAACAACAACCUGGCGAGACUGACAUUCCGAAGUACGAGCAGAUCUGGGGCGGCGGUGAGCCUUCCACGCCGUUGACAGCGCAGGAGAUGCACGGCUACGUCAGCGAGCACGGUUGGCCGUCCGACGCGGAGGUUCAGGACAGGGACAUGAGCGAGAGGAGGAUCGCAAGCGACGCGACGGUCACUUUCGACUCGGACGAGGUCGCCAACGCGGAUCCCUGGGGCACUGGGAGAAGCGCACGGAACAUCCCGAGGGCGUGGGCCAGGGUACCCCAGGCGAUGGACAUCAUCGAGAAGGGCAUCUUCAACUGGUUCCUCUCCCUCGGCGCCGAGAGAGCAGAUGCGUCCGACAUCAUGCUGGUUGCCGAGGGACCGCUGGCAGAUGGUGGUGGAUUCCAGCGCAAGGUCGCCAUCGUCAGCGACGUCACCUACAACCCGCGCGUCUUCGACGUGGUCGCGAACAGCUUCGUGCAGGAGGACCUCGCCACUAGCGAG